CCUUUUCGGUGUCGGAGCGGCUGCUGAGCGGGUGCGUGUGAGCGGCGCUGCGGGCGGAGGGGCGGCGGGAGAGCGGCGCUGCGCUAAUACCUAGGUGCCAUCAUGCAGAUCUUUGUGAAAACCCUCACGGGCAAAACCAUCACACUCGAGGUAGAGCCCAGUGAUACCAUAGAAAAUGUCAAAGCCAAGAUCCAGGAUAAGGAAGGAAUCCCCCCUGAUCAGCAACGUCUGAUUUUCGCCGGGAAGCAGCUGGAAGAUGGUCGCACUCUGUCCGACUACAACAUUCAGAAAGAAUCAACUCUGCAUCUGGUGCUUCGCCUGAGAGGUGGUGGAAUGGAUCCCUCCCUCCGUCUUCUUGCCAUGAAAUACAACUGCGAGAAAAUGAUCUGCCGCAAAUGCUAUGCCAGGCUUCACCCCCGAGCAUCGAACUGUCGUAAGAAGAAGUGCGGCCACACAAACAAUCUGCGCCCCAAGAAGAAGCUGAAGUAACCUGCGAGUUGGGGCCGGGCACGCUGACUCCUCUGCCACAUUGUGUUCUGUGCAAAAUUUCCAAUAAAACCUGCUAGCAUUGCACUUCA